ACAGCCAGUGAAAGGGAGAGCUGCCAAGAAUCUCUUAUGACAUCUGUGCUCAUUAACUCUCGAGCACCUUAAAAUCGGUGGCUGCUGCUUGGAGCCAGGACAACAGAGAUCGGAGGAAACCUUUCUGUAUAUCCCAGGCUGUGUGGUUCUUGUUUCUUGGCUGGUGGAGAUCAGUCUUGAUCGUGCAGAAUGGAUGCAAUACUGAACUGUAGGAUGGAGGAUGUUGAAGAUUACUAUGAGCUAUUGGGAUGUGAUGAACUCUCUACGGUGGACCAAAUCUUGGCAGAAUUUAAGGUCAGAGCUCUUGAAUGUCAUCCUGAUAAGAAUCCUGAGGACCCUCAAGCAGUGGAGAAUUUCCAGAGACUCCAGAAGGCCAAGGAUAUCCUGACCAAUGAGGAAAGUCGGGAUCGCUAUGACUACUGGCGGAGAAGCAGGGUUCCUAUCCCUUUCCACCAGUGGGAAGCUCUGAGUAACUCGGUCAAAAUGUCUAUGCACUGGGCUGUCAGAAGUAAGAAAGAGAAGAUGCUGAAAGAACCUGAUCCAGCUGACACCAACAACGUCACAGAUGAGGAAGGAAGCCAACAAAAAAUCACCGAGAAAGGACUGAGCUCCACCACGGAGAGAAAGGAGCAAGGCGAGCCUGAGACCUUGGACAAGUCAUGGUCCCCACGAAGCCCAGACUCCUCAAGCUUUCCAGAUGGGAACUGCUGGCACCUGUGUUUUCGCUGGUCAGGAGACACCCCUUCAGAGCUGCUGCGGAAAUUCAGAAACUAUGAAAUAUAAAUCUCAGCUUCCGUGGAGAGAGAAGCAGAAAGACGUCAGGCGGCUGCCGUCUCCUGGGCUUGCCUCAUUUGCUUCUUUGGUCCGCGUCCUUAAAAAUAAGUCUUUGUUCUUUGUGCGUGUGUAGAGAAGAGCAUUAGCUCUUACCCUGAGCAUCGCUGCUUAACCCAUGAACCCAUCCCCAUGAUGUCUGUGCUGAGAGAAAAAUUGGGAGGAGGGUGACACCCACCUCCCUGCAGGAUUUGCCUAUAUUGAGAGAGAUCCUCUAUUAAGAAACAGCCUGGCCUUGUGGAUAGAGGGCCAGCCUUGGAAAUUUUGCCUCAGCCCCCUGUGGGCUGUAUCAUCCUGGGCAAGUCACAUCCCCUCUCAGAGUCCCCUGUGAUUCUCUAAGAUUGUAAAUUGCGGAAGAAUUGCUAGUGUCCAUCAGUGGAGGGAGUUUCCAUGUUGGAAGGUCCUCAUACUGAUGAGAUCACAGGUCUGGACCCCUCCCCCCCUCCAAAAAAGAAAGAAAAGUCUAGUGGCUUAUAUUUGUUCUUCUGUGAAUUUUAUUUAUAGAUAUGCUUUGUUCUUGUCGUUGUAUCCUUGGUGCUUAGCAUGUUGCCUUGUAUACAACAGGGAUUAAUAAAUGUUUGUUGAAUUGUA